AUGAAGACUAGGAUGAGAAAGAAGCAGCUGUCAUCAACGGAGCAAUCGUCUAACCCAAGUCAGUCGCUUCCCGAUGAUUUGGUAUUGAUCAUCGUAGCACGCGUCUCAGUAUUGUACUAUCCGAUUCUCUCACUCGUCUCCAAGAGCUUUCGAUCUCUCCUGGCUUCACCAGAGCUUUACAAGGUUAGGUCACUAUUGGGACAAACCGAGAGUUGUCUCUAUGUUUGCUUAAAAAUGAAACCUUAUAAGACCCCUACGUGGUUCACACUCUGCCGGAAACCUGAGCCAACCCUAACCAGUAGUAAGGAGAAGAGAUCAGGUGGUCAUCAUGUUUUAGCUACAGUCCCAAUGAACCAUUCCCCUGAUGUACGAUUUUCGAGUCUCGUGGCCGUUGGUUCUGAUAUCUAUAACAUUGGCGUACCCCAAGGCAGGCUCAAAGCGUCCUCCUCUUCCUCUUGCGUCUCUGUUCUAGAUUGCCGGACUCACACUUGGCGCGAGGCUCCAAGCUUGCCUGUGGAGCUAUUUACAGUUUCUGCUGGCGUCCUUGAUGGAAAGAUAUACGUAGUAGGAAAAUCCCCAGAUGGCAGGAAACGGAAGAACUCGUUUCAGGUGUUGGACAUAAAGACACAAGUUUGGGAUUCUGCGGUCAUCCCACCUUUGAUAAAGAGCAGUCAUUUCGACAAUACCGCAUGUAUUGACGGAAAGUUCAACGUGGUGACUUACGCAAAAGUGGUUGCUUACGAUCCCAAGGAGGGUAGAUGGGACCCUGGAUUCGUACCGAUAUCUAGACAUAUGCAUUCAGAUUCUUAUUGCGUGAUAGAUAAUGUUUUGUACUGUGCUGCUGACGGAGGGCUUAGAUGGUAUGACUCUCAGUCUCAGGUAAGACAGUGGAGAGAUUUGAAGGGUUUGGUAGGACUAUCCAGGUUCAGUCCUGAUGAUCAGGUUAGAUUGGCAGAUUAUGGUGGAAAGAUGGCGGUUAUGUGGGGCGUUGAGGUUCCUUGUAGUUCAGGCUAUCCCACGAUCAUUUGUUGUGCGGUGAUUUCUCUUGAAAGGCUCAAUAGUUGUAAAAUUUUUGGGAAAGUUGAGUGGGUUGAUCGUGUGUUUACAGUCUUUGGCCCGUUUACUUUCGUGAAAGUUAUUGCUGCUACUGUCUGA